UUGAAUCAAAACUAAAAACUUUCAAUUCCGCUCAGUCUUCAAUCUUCAGGAGUUACUAGUCUUCGUCCUAUUAUAACUGAACUGAGGUUGUUAUUUUGUUAUUUAGUGUUAGUAAUUAAAGUAUGUUUAUUCUUUUUAUAAAGAAAAUAAGUUCCUAGUGGCAAGAGUUAGUUACCUUAAUAUUUUAGAACGAUCGUGGCUGCUAUUUUGGAAUACAAAAAGCUGUUUCACUAUAAAUUUUGUUUUGACAUAGAAACAUAGUAUAAAUUUUAAAACUAUGCUGAACGGAACAAACGCAGUUCUCCUUCAGACAAUUUUAUAUCUGGCAAAUACAAACACACCUAAUGAUACAAAAUGGAAUUAUCCAAGUUCAGAAAUUGAAUCAAACACACUGUAUAAAGUAAACAGUGGUGAAGAAGGUGAUGAACGGUGCUAUGAUGGUUUGGGGUGCUACUCGAUAAACUAUCCAUGGACAGAUGUGUCUAGACCUGUCUCCAAUUUCCCUCAAAGUCCAGAGAAGGUAGCUCCCAACUAUUGUCUUUUUACACGGAAAAAUCCACUCCAGUGCCAACACUUGUCAUAUUCCAUUCCAAGUACUAUCUACAAGUCGUACCUCAUACCCACUCAGAGGGUUUAUUUCAUUUCUCAUGGAUUCUUAGAGGGUGGUGACCGUCCUUGGAUUAGGAGGUUGACAGCUGAAUUGUUGCGUCGGUAUGAUGCCAAUGUAGUUGUGGUGGACUGGGGCUCAGGAUCAGAACCUCCCUACACCCAGGCAGUGGCCAAUAUCCGACUAGUAGGCACAAUCACAGCUUUGCUCAUUAAAGCCAUGUCUGACCAGGUUGGUGUCAAGCCAGAGUUCUGUCAUAUGAUUGGACACAGUCUGGGAGCUCACCUCUCUGGAUAUGUAGGAUACAAUCUCAAGACCAAUUUCGGAUUAACUCUAGGAAGGAUAACAGGACUGGACCCUGCAGAGCCUCAUUUCAGCAAGACGGAUCCAAUUGUACGUUUGGACCCUUCAGAUGCUAUAUUUGUAGAUAUCAUCCACUCAGACACAACACCUUUUAUUCAAGGAGGUCUUGGAAUGGAAGAGCCAAUUGGACAUUUGGACUUCUAUCCCAAUGGAGGAGCUGAUCAACCCGGUUGUAAUGAAGGUGUUAUGAAAUACAUAAACGAAGAGAAGGGCAGUUUUUUCAAAGGUCUCCGUACAUUCUUGGGCUGUGACCAUGUCCGGAGCCACGAGUACUUCAUUGAGUCCGUCAAUACACAGUGCAACUUUCUGGCGGUGGAAUGUGAAAGUUGGGAGAAGUUCCUGGCUGGAGACUGCUUUGAGUGCGAGUCAGAUAAGAAAAAUGGUACAGUCUGUGCUCAUUUUGGACUGACCUCUGUACAGUCAGUUCACACGUCCAUUCUUCAGAACUGGGAAAAGACUGAUAGAAGUUUAGUAAAAUUGUUCACUAUCACUGGUGCAGAUUGGCCCUAUUGCAGAUCAUUGUACCGUGUCACCAUAGAGAUCUCAAAUUCCACAUCCAGUCGGGAACACAAUGGAGAGAUUGGCGAGUUUGACAUCCAGAUACAAGGAACUGCAGGCAAAACAGAGUCAAUUCUCCUAUACAAGGAGCAGUAUUACAAACCAGGUAGCUCUCAUCGACAAGUUGUAGCAGGCCCGAAUGUUGGGUCAGUCACCAGUGCUAUCCUCCGAUGGACACACCACACAACAUUUAACAUCCUGAGCUGGAGGUUCAAACGAGCCGUUCUGCAUGUCAAGUUUGUGCGUGUUGACAGCCUUGAUCACAAACAAACGUUGUACUUGUGUCCCAAGGACGAAGUUAUAGUAUCUGGUAAACCUGUCCGAUUGCAAGAGUGCUCAUCUGUGAUCUCAAGCUAACCGACAGUCCAGUUUAUAGUUAUUACUCUACCACAAUGUAUUCAUACUAGGUUGUAAAUAUGUUCCUUAUUUAUUUAUUUUUUAGUACUUUUUUACCAAAGAAAUCAAAAUAUAUGAUUUUUGUAACAAA